AUGUCCCUCGUAGGUAAGUUUUCUCGUAUGCCAAGAUUGCAAGAGAUUAGAGUUGCUUUUAAAGGAAUCGGUUUAGAAGGAGCGUAUGAUAUCAGAUGGUUAGAUUACAAACAUAUUCUCAUCCAUUUGUCUGAUGAAAAAGAUUUUAAUCGGAUAUGGACAAAGCAAAACUGGUUUAUUGCUAACCAGAAAAUGAGGGUUUUUAAGUGGUCACCAGAUUUUGAGCCGGAGAAAGAAUCAGCAGUGGUGCCAGUCUGGGUCUCCUUCCCAAAUCUGAAAGCACAUCUCUUUGAAAAAUCAGCUUUGCUACUGAUUGCAAAAACGGUAGGAAAUCCGUUAUUUAUCGAUGAGGCUACUGCUAAUGGGUCGAGGCCGAGUGUGGCUCGUGUUUGUGUCGAGUAUGAUUGCAGAAAACUCCCGGUGGAUCAAUUCUGGAUCGUGGUCCAAAAUAGAGAAACGGGUAUGGUCACAGGUGGUUAUGCGCAACAGGUAGAAUUUGCUCCUAUGCCAGCUUAUUGCAACCAUUGUUGUCAUGUUGGUCAUAAGGAAGUUGACAGUAUCGUUCUGGGAAAUAAGUCCAAGCAGUCGGGACAAGGGAAGCCAAUAACUAAGAAAAAUGAUAAGGAGCCGUCAGUCCGAGUUGGUGAUGGGAAGAGUGACGCUGGGCAUGUAGAUGGCGGUGGGAUUAAUUUGGAAAAAAGAAAAAACCUAGAAAACAAAAACAUCCGGAGCGCGGAGGAACCAGUGCAAACCCAACGGUGGCAAGCUGUAAGUAAAGCUGUGGUCGGAAAUCGAGAUUCGACGAAUGAACAAGAGACGGAGAUGGAAGGCCAGACCGGAGAGAUGGAAUCAGGCGGUGCAAAGAAGGCAGUAACAGUUUCGGCAAAGUUGCAGUCCAUGCAGAGUAACGUGCAGAAUUUUUUUCAUGAAAGUGGAAGGCACGGUCAAAUCGAUAAUGCUACAAGGAAAAGAGAAAUGACAGUGCACACUGCACCGGACAAAUCUGACUCACAGACUUCUCAAAAAGAGCACAGGCAUAAGGAAAAAUUUUAUGCAGGUGCUGUCAUGUCCAUGCACGAGCGGGAAUGA